AUGCCUGCCGGAGUAUCAUGGGGUCAAUAUUUGAAAUUUAUGUCAUGUGCUGUGUUAUCCAUGAUGGCUGGCUCACAAUUGGUCCACAUGUACUAUAAGCCGCUGGAAGAUUUGGAUGUGUACAUAAACAAAGAAGUGGAAGAUGUGACGAAAACAACUGGUAUACAAUUAACCGGAAUUACGAAAACAAGUUCUGGUAAUAAAUAAAAAUAAAUGUACAAAUUUAAAAACUAAACAAAAAGAGACUUUUUAAAUCGCUUCAUAUG